CGAGUUUCCUGUCUGGUAAGUUGUCUGUGAGUCAGAAAAAAACACCACAGCAUCAACAUGCGUUGUAGCUGAGUUCAUGUGCAGAGACUUCAGAGCGCGUUCAAGAUACGGUUGAUUUCUAGAGCUGAAAACAAUGGACAAUAAAACUGAGAACUCUAGCUGCUGGAACGUUAACUUUGGCUUUCCAGUAGUCUUUUUAACCACUGUAUAUAUAAUUGUUUUUAUUUUUGGACUUCUUGGUAACUGCUUUGGACUGAAAUCUAUUGUGACAAACUGGAGGAAGCUGGGAAACAUUAAAAUCUUUGCUUUAAACUUGUGCAUUGCCGAUAUUUUGUACCUGCUUACCUUGCCGUUUCUGGUGACCUACCAAGUUAAAUCACAACUGUGGAUCUUUGGAAACCAUUUCUGCAAGAUUACAAGAUUCCUAUUCAACGCUAAUCUCUAUGGGAGUAUUGGAUUUCUGACAUGCAUCAGUGUGUACAGAUAUCUGGGUGUUGUACACACACUGAAGGUGAAAGGCAGGAUAAAGGUACGGCACUCUAUAGGAAUAGCUGCACUUGUCUGGUUCAUGGUGUUGCUUCAAUGUCUGCCUGAUGUCUAUUUUGAUAAAACAGUCAAUUUGAAUAAAACUCAAUGCUUUGACACGACUACAAACACCAGCAUGGAGUCUUACUUGAAGUACAGCAUUACACAGACGAUUACUGGAUUUGUAAUCCCUUUGGUGUUGAUGGUGUGCUGCUAUGGCCACAUGGCUGUGAUCCUAACCACUAGGAAAGACAUCGGAGACACCACGCUGAAGCUGAAGUGCCUCAGGCUGGUAGUGAUCCUGGCCAUGCUCUUUUUCAUGUGCUACAUCCCCUUCCACAUCUUCAGAAAUCUCAACCUGAUAACUCGCAUCUCAAAAAUCAAGUAUAAUAUCUGUAAGACAUGGUACCCCAGCGUGUAUAUAGCGAAACAGAUAAGCGAUGGACUAGCAUGCCUGAACAGUGCCUUAAACCCACUGGUUUAUUUCAUGAACAGUGAUAAUCUGCUGAAGAAGUGUUUUCAUUUCAGGAAAAAAAAACGGCAAGAUCCACGUUUGCCAGACCCAACAAUGGAACAAACUAAUCUUACAUAUUUAAAGUGAGUGCUCUUUAUGCUGGGGCAAUAUGUGUUUGUUUUGUUUUGUGCUUUGUUCUGCUUCAUUUUAGUGUGACUUAAAAUGCACUGAAUCUUCAUACAAAAAUUUCUGCAUGAAGUGGUUUAUUUUUU